CGCAGGGGAGGUAAGGCAGGGAGCCGAGCAGGGAGGGAAGGAGCGGAGGAAGGAGCGGAGGGCGGCUGCGAGCCCGGUGGCGGGCGGCAGGAAGCGGAAUGGCCGCGGCCGCGGGGCGGCGGCGCUGCGAGAGCUGCUGAAUCUAUUCCGAAGCCAAGGGUAGCCAAGCAGUACAAGGGAAGUGUUGCUUCUUUCAAUGGACAUCUGCUCUCGCGGCAUGGCCCAGAUAUCCAGCAGCAAUGGAUUUAAACAGCGCUCGUCACCUUCUUUGGCAACUGCAAGGUCAAAAGAUGUGGACAAAGAGGAGGCGUUGCAGAUGGAAGCUGAGGCAUUAGCUAAGAUGCAGAAGGAAAGAGGUAUAGCUGGUAACAAACAAGCUUUUCAUUCGGUAAGCAGCACCAGGCAAACAGCACAGACACACAGCAAACAGGACCACGAUCUCAUGGUGUUCCCAGAGUCUGAUGCCAAGAGAAUGGAAGAUAAACUCAGUACCAUUGACAUCGAGAAGCUCACUCAUGCAGAGCUAGAGAAACUGCUGCUGGAUGACAGUUUUGAAGCUAGUAAAGCCCCCACGUUACCAGUAACUCCUAUUUUGAGCCCAUCACUGUCUUCACAAUUUUAUCUUGGGCCUGCUGGUCAGCGAGGACAGUGGACGCCUGGGAUACCAGCACCUGUGACAUGCACUUUACCUCCUAUUUACCCCUCAGCUUCUUACACAAAACAGACUGGUGUGUUUCAGAACGGAUUCCAUCCAAGUAUGUCCUCCUAUCACUCUAGAGAACCUCUUUAUCUUGGUCUUCCAAGGCAGUCACAAUACAUUUCAUAUCCAUUGGCAGCUACUACACCUUUCCAUCCGCAAGGAAGCCUACCUAUAUAUCCUCCAGUACUUACACCAGAAAUGGCAAAAGUGUUUGACAAAAUUGCAAGCACCUCGGAGUUUCUGAAAAAUGGGAAGUCAAGCACGGACUUAGAAAUGACUGCUAUAAAGUCUGCAGUUUCCGACCUCCCAGCCUCGGAAAGCUGCAGGGACAUCAGUAAAUUUGACUGGUUAGAUUUGGAUCCCCUAAGUAAACCAAAAGUGGACAGUGUGGAGACUUUAUAUAAGGCAGAGGAUGAUGGAGAGACGGCUUCAAGUUUGACAGCUGAAGAUCCAUGGGACGCUGUGUUGUUGGAAGAAAAGUUGUUAGUAACGUGUCAUCUGGAAAGAAAAAUUAAUGGGAAAUCUGCUGGAGCAACAGUUACAAGGAGCCAGUCCUUAAACAUGAGAACAACUCAGCUUGCAAAGUUACAGGGCCAAACAUCACAGAAAGACAAUGGGACCACUGGUUUGCUGACAGAAAAUGCACUUCUCCAAGAAAUUGAAGGGCAGAAUGAAGAACUGUCAGCUUUCUCUCAAACAGUUACAAAAUUGAGGACCAAGUUUCCAUAUGCUGAUCAGCAAACAAAUCCAGGCUUUGUGCUGAGUCCAAUCAUGCUGCAAAGAAAUAUAAGUGGGGAGAGUGCCAGUAUCAAGGUUUCUAUAGAAAUCCAAGGAUUUCAGCAACCAGUAACUUUUACAUGCGAUGUGAGUUCCCCUGUUGAGCUUAUAAUAAUGCAGGCACUUUGCUGGGUGCAUGAUGACUUGAGUGAAGUGGACAUUGGCAGCUAUAUCCUGAAAGUCUGUGGCCAAGAAGAAGUCUUACAGAAUAAGCACUGUGUAGGAAGCCAUGAAUAUAUUCAGAACUGUCGGAAAUGGGAUACAGAAAUUAAACUGCAGCUCGUGACUCACAGCGUAAUGUGCAGGGGUCUGGCGCGAACAGAAGAAGAUGACAGAACACCCAUACACCUAACCAAACACCUUUACAAAGUAGAAAAGCCUUUCAGAGAACCUAUUAUAAGGUGUUCUCUUGAAGAGCUUCUUGAAGUCUAUCAUAAGCAAACUGAAAUAGCUCUUAAAAAUGAGAACCAGCAUAAAGCAGUGGAUCAAUUAAUUAAGACUGUCAGAAAAAUCUGUUCCACAUUGGAUGGCGUAGAGACUCCUGCAAUAACGGAAUCAGUAAAGAAGCUAAGGAGGGCUGUUAAUCUUCCAAGGACUAAAAACACCGAGGUAUCCUUAAAAUGUGGCGAUGACCCUAGCAAGAGUUCAGUAACUUAUAAAUUAGGUUCACUACAGCCUGAAAGCCCUCUGAAAGUGAGUAUAGACCAGUUAACAAGAGCAGUUGAGGCCCUUCUGCAACUCCACAUGAAUUCGUGUAGCAGCAGUUCGGCAGCAAUUUCUCCAAAAGAUAAGAGUACGAAGGAAGCAUGGACUGCCACGGAGCAUCUCCAGUUCACAGUGUUUGCUGCACAUGGAAUUUUUCCUGGUUGGGUAGCAAAUUAUGAAAAAUACUACUUGAUUUGUUCUCUGACACACAAUGGAAAAGAUCUGUUCAAACCUGUUCAGUCCAAGAAGGUUGGCACAUACAAGAACUUCUUCUACUUGAUUAAAUGGGAUGAACUAAUAAUUUUCCCCAUCCAGAUUUCACAACUGCCUUUGGAAUCAGUCUUGUGUCUGACUUUGUUUGGAAUUCUGAAUCAAAGCAGUGGAAGUUCGCCUGAUUCAAAUAAGCAGAGAAAGGGCCCAGAAAUGUUGGGUCAGGUUUCUCUACCUCUUUUUGAUUUUAGGCGAUUGCUAACUUGUGGGACAAAGCUCUUGCAACUCUGGACCUCAUCGCAUCCAAAUCAUGCAUCAGGGACGGCCAGUAAGAAGGGAAAUAUGGAAAGAAUAGUAUUGCAGGUUGACUUUCCAUCCCAUGCUUUUGAUAUUGAAUAUAAAAUUCCUCAGGCUGCAAAGACUACUGUGCAACAUUCCAUAGAAACAUUAGAGAAACCAAUGAGAGAACGUCUCCUCGCCAUUCUCGCUAAGGAUAACACCAUUGGGCUGUCAAAAGAAGAUAAAGAAUUUUUGUGGGAGAAGAGACAUUAUUGUCAUACUCAUACUAAUAGCUUACCAAAAAUACUGGCUAGUGCCCCUCACUGGGACUGGGCAAGUCUUCCAGAAAUAUAUUCGUUACUUCAGCAGUGGCCUCCUUUAUCACCCUUAGCUGCACUGGAACUACUUGAUUCAAAGUUUGCUGAUCAGGAAGUGCGAAAUACAGCUAUGAAUUGGAUAGAGACAUUAAGUGAUGAUGAAUUAACAGACUUCCUCCCUCAAUUUGUGCAGGCAUUGAAGUAUGAAACUUACCUGGACAGUGCUCUUGUCCAAUUUCUUUUGGCACGGGCAUUGGGAAGUAUCCGAAUAGCACACUACCUAUAUUGGCUUCUUAAGGAUACGCUCUAUGAUUCAAAGUUUGGUGUAAGAUAUGAGCAAAUUCUUGGAGCCUUUUUUUCCGUCUGUGGAAAAGGGCUGAGGGAAGAGCUGGAGAAGCAGACCAGACUGGUUCAGCUUUUUGGAAUGGUAGCAGAAAAAGUCAAGCAAACAAGUGUAUCAGGUCGACAGGCUGCUUUACAAAGUGGUAUGGAACGUGUGCAGUCAUUUUUCUUGAAGAACAAGUGCCGUUUGCCUCUCAAUCCCAGUCUUGUGGCAAAAGAACUAAAUAUUAAGGCGUGUUCUUUCUUCAGCUCUAAUGCAGUACCACUGAAAGUUGCACUGAUAAAUGCAGACCCUCUGGGAGAAGAAAUUAAUGUGAUGUUUAAGGUUGGAGAAGAUCUGCGACAAGAUAUGUUGGCUUUACAAAUGAUUAAGAUUAUGGAUAAGAUCUGGCUGCAGGAGGGACUGGAUCUACGGAUGGUUAUCUUCAAAUGUCUCUCAACUGGAAAAGAUCGAGGCAUGGUAGAACUCGUUCCUGCUUCAGAAACUCUUAGGAAAAUUCAAGUGGAAUAUGGAGUGACGGGUUCUUUUAAAGACAAACCUCUGGCAGAAUGGUUGCGGAAAUAUAAUCCUACCGAGGAAGAAUAUGAAAAGGCUUCAGAAAACUUCAUUUAUUCUUGUGCAGGAUGCUGUGUAGCUACUUAUGUGUUGGGAAUUUGUGACCGCCACAAUGAUAACAUAAUGCUUCGAAACACAGGGCAUAUGUUUCACAUCGACUUCGGAAAAUUUUUGGGUCACGCACAAAUGUUUGGUAGCUUUAAAAGGGAUCGGGCUCCUUUUGUGCUAACGUCAGAUAUGGCUUAUGUCAUUAACGGUGGUGAAAAACCGACUAUUCGCUUCCAGUUGUUUGUGGAUCUCUGUUGUCAAGCUUACAAUUCGAUAAGGAAACAUGCAAACCUCUUCCUUAACCUACUUUCCCUGAUGCUUUCUUCUGGAUUACCAGAACUAAGUAGUAUUCAGGACUUGAAGUAUGUCCAGGAUGCUCUCCAGCCCCAAACAACAGAUGCAGAAGCCACCAUUUUCUUUACAAGGUUGAUUGAAUCCAGUCUAGGAAGCGUUGCCACAAAGUUUAACUUUUUCAUUCACAACCUGGCUCAGCUGCGUUUCUCAGGCCUGCCAUCCAAUGAUGAACCCAUCCUCUCGUUUUCUGCGAAGACAUACUCUCUGAAACAAGACGGCCGGAUCAAACACGUGUCUGUGUUUACGUACCAGAAGAGGUAUAAUCCAGAUAAACAUUAUAUAUAUGUAGUGAGAGUUUUGAGAGAAGGGCAAGCUGAGCCAACGUUUGUUUUCCGAACGUUUGAUGAGUUCCAGGAGCUCCACAACAAACUUGGCAUUCUCUUUCCUCUCUGGAAGUUACCAGGCUUUCCUAACAAGAUGGUCCUGGGAAGAACACACAUAAAAGAUGUAGCUGCUAAAAGAAAAGUCGAGCUCAACAGCUACAUCCAGAGUCUGAUGAACAGUUCUUCAGAGGUGUCAGAAUGUGAUCUUGUCUAUACGUUUUUCCAUCCACUGCUUCGUGAUGACAAAGUGGAAGGAAUAGACGGAAUCGCCAGAUCUACAGAUGCAAGUCCAUCAAGUCCUACCUCAGGCAAAGUGGGAGGAGAAGUGAAGCUAUCCAUAUCAUACAGAAACAGCACUCUGUUCAUCAUGGUCAUGCACAUUAAAGAUCUGGUUACAGAAGAUGGUGCAGAUCCAAAUCCCUAUGUAAAAACUUACUUAUUGCCAGACACGCACAAAACAUCCAAACGCAAAACCAAAAUUUCCCGGAAGACGAGAAAUCCAACUUUCAACGAAAUGCUUGUGUACAGUGGAUAUAGCAUGGAGACUCUGAAACAGAGAGAACUUCAGUUAAGUGUGCUCAGCGCGGAAUCAUUACGAGAGAACUUCUUCCUGGGUGGAAUUACACUCUCUCUAAAGGACUUCAACUUGAGCAAGGAGACUGUUAACUGGUAUCGACUAACUGCUGUACCCUAUCUAUGAACUUUUUCCAGCACCUGAGUAAGAACAGAACAGAUGUAUUCACUUGUGCUUUGUGCAUCUUCCUACUUGAAAACGACUUGUACAUCUUAAAACAAGAAACUCUGCAUUUCAACAGACAUGUUGGACCAACCUUCAUGAAGCCUAAUUUGAAGGAUUUCUAGAAAUCCAUUGCUGGAAUAUUCUUAUGCAAUGUUAUCAAAGCAUUAUUACAAGUCUUUCUUAAGAGCUGCAGGUAAAGGAAGGUGUUUUUAAACCAUCCACAACAGUAAGAUGAACAGUUUGACCAUGCCGGCUGGUUAAACCAUAACUUAAUCGAUAGGCUUGGGGAUAUAAUGCAUUUUUGCUUUAUAAUUUUUUUUGUAAUCCGUUUUAUGUCAUUCAUGGCAUAAUGCUGGAGGAUAUCAAAGAAACUAUGUACGUUUAGGAUUACACUCAUGCUAUUAACUAAACAUCACAGAAGCAGUGACGGGUAAAAUUUCUGUGGCUUCACACAUGCCUGUAGAAAUUAAGGUUGAAGGGCUGGAAAAAUUCUUUAGCAAUGCAUUUAUUUCCAGAUGCAUGCUUCUCAAAGAUUUAUUGGAGCGAGUGCCAAUAAUGGAAGUUGUAAAUAAUGGUGCCUUAUAAUUCAAAUGCUUCUCUUUUACCUCAUUCCUGGUAUUUAAAUAUGUAUACACGUUAACUUUCUGCUCCUUAAAGAGGGGUGACGUUCUCAUAUUUGAUAACUUGCAGAUUCUAGUAGAAGUCUUUUCCUGAGAUGUGUUAAUUACAGAUAAAAUCACUUAUACUGAUCUUCAUAAUUAGUGCCACCUAAAAUGUUGUACCCCGUCUUCUAGCCAUGAUCUCCAAAGCCAGUGAAGACUGGCAGAAGAUGAUGCUGUAGGAAAUGCAUCCAGCUUCUCAGUGUUUUACAACACUGCAAAAUUUCUAGAACUUCAAUACAGCAGUGGUUAAACGUAUAACAGAUUCGGACACGAAAUCCAAGUGGCACUUGCACCUACGUUACCCGUACCUCCAUGUAAAUGAUGGCCUCUAGGUAAAAAGCACAAUGGAUGGAUAUUUGCAGGCCAGAAAUAAGCGGCAUUAACAGAACUUCUUGAGAGGAAUUUGGUUGCACUUUUUUUCUCUUUCCAUUUGACGGCAACAGUGAUUCUCAUCCCUGGUAAGAAUUCCACUAAAAAUAUAUAUAUAUGUAUAAUUUCAAGCAGCCUUAGAUCUGAAAUAUACUGUGAUAGCAGAGUAUAAAUACGACUUACUGUCUCCUGUUAAUACCACUGGUUACUUAAUUAGGUAGUUUCUGCACUACAGCUAUAGGGUUCUUGCUCACCUUACUUGGUGUUUAGGGUGAUUGUUCUGUCUAGACAAAGCGAUAGAGUAAAGUUGCACACUUUAAUGGUAAAUGUUGAAGCGUGUUUGAGAAAGGGUGACGGGCUCUCAGCGCUGAGUAGGACUGGAAAUAAAACUUACGAUGAUGAAUGAAGACUCGAUGCAGGACACAGGACACUAAAAAGCUUGUUCAGAAUCGGAUUUUACUCCCCUGCUACUGACCAAUCUCCCUCCAGUACAGAAGCAAGAAGUAAACUUGAAUCUCUUGGUGCCUAAAAUAGUCAUGGUCCAAUCUCUUAGGAGUUAUUACAAUUAAGAAACUAAGAAUAUCUUGAAUGUUAGAAACUGGGUUGAUGCUAAUGGACACUAACACCUCCCAACUCCCAGUUUUAUUAAGUAUCUUCUGCGUAUCCUUCAUUUAGUACAUAGCCUGUAAAUAGUAUUCUGUGUAACUGACUAGGUAUAUUAUUUCCUGCUCACUUGAUGCUUUUGAGACUUACUCCAUUCCAUCACUAGAAUCACGAGUCACUUAAAAAAAAAAAACACAGGAAAGUAGACUACUGUUUUUGUGAAACGUUCCCUUGUGAAAUACGCCGACAGCAAUACGUACUGCCUUUUUCGCAGUGGGCUCCCGAGGAGGAAAAAAAAAGAAAAAAAAGAAAAAAAAAAAAAAGCACAGCG